UGUGAGGGAUAGUGCGGUUAUUGUGAAGUAUCAUGUCAACAUGUCACUCUUGAGAUUAUGUGCCUUUCCAAAGUGUCUAACAAGCGGCUUGGUCGUUGAUAAAGUUGCGCGUCGUGUGCUCAAUGCCAACCACUGUCGCUCAUAUCUCAGAAUUUGGAAUAACUUUGAAAAACCACUCACAGACACCACUUUGGUUUGUCGACGGCGCUAUUCCGUUCUGAUUCCGAAGAAAGAAGAAGGGAAGACGCGUAUGAGGCAACAGCAUCAGCUUCUGGAUGUUCUUGAAGCCAGGAUUCAGCAGCUACAAUCUGAUGUUGUUUUAGAUAUCUCAAAUGUACAAUUUCUCCAACUACCAAAGACUGGUAGAGGCACUGCCUCAUCUAAAGGUAGAAAAAAUGUGUCCGGAGAAAAGGGUGAGAUGCCCAAAGCAGGCCAGCCCAAGAGCAAGGACCCAGGAGAACCCUCCGCACCGAAAAAAGAAAAACGGUCCUGGAAGCAGAGGUUGGAAACUGAAGAGAUGAUUAAAAAGGAGAAACUGAACCACCGACUGAAGUUUAUGGAAAGGGAGACGAAAAAGGCGGAAAUAACUCAAUCAAAAAAGGCCAUCUCAACCACACAAAAUCAGAAACAGGCUAAGACUAAGAAGCAAAAGUCUCCCAGACCUGCUGAUGCUGUUCAGGAGAUGCCAUUUUGGGAGGCUGAGCUAGAUUGGGAAAAAGAUCUCAGCCUGAUGCAGCCAGGCACAACAAAAAAGGCCAUCUCAACCACUCAAAAACAGAAACAGGCUAAGACUAAGAAGCAAAAGUCUCCCAGACCUGCUGAUGCUGUUCAGGAGAUGCCAUCUUGGGAGGCUGAGCUAGAUUGGGAAAAAGAUCUCAGCCUGAUGCAGCCAGGCACAACAAAAAAGGCCAUCUCAACCACACAAAAACAGAAACAGGCUAAGACUAAGAAGCAAAAGUCUCCCAGACCUGCUGAUGCUGUUCAGGAGAUGCCAUCUUGGGAGGCUGAGCUAGAUUGGGAAAAAGAUCUCAGCCUGAUGCAGCCAGGCACAACAAAAAAGGCCAUCUCAACCACACAAAAACAGAAACAGGCUAAGACUAAGAAGCAAAAGUCUCCCAGACCUGCUGAUGCUGUUCAGGAGAUGCCAUCUUGGGAGGCUGAGCUAGAUUGGGAAAAAGAUCUCAGCCUGAUGCAGCCAGGCACAACAAAAAAGACUAUCUCAACCACUCAAAAACAGAAACAGGCUAAGACUAAGAAGCAAAAGUCUCCCAGACCUGCUGAUGCUGUUCAGGAGAUGCCAUCUUGGGAUGCUGAGCUAGAUCUAAACAUCUCAGCUGAGCCAUUUGAAGUGGAGGCGCUGGAUCAGCAGGUGAACCAGCCUGCCUCUCUCGACUACAAGCUUCUAGAAGACCGUGAGAGGAAUCGCUAUGGGGAAGUACACCUCAGCCUGAAUUGCUUCCUAGAGACGUGUGUGUUCAUCGGUGAGGUCAACCGCGCUCAACGCUGUUUGGACGCCCAUCACCGGAAGCGGGAUUGUCUGUCCAUUAGUGCCUACAACAUCAUGCUGAGAGUCUGGGCUAAAAGAGGUUGUGCUCACCAUAUCGGGCACAUUUUUGCUCAGUUAGAGGAAAUUGGUCUCAAGCCAAAUCUCAGUUCCUACUCAGCUGCUCUGGAGUGCAUGGGGCGAAACUCCGACACUUCUCCCAUUUCCAUCAACAGGUGCCUGCAGAAGAUGGAGCAGGACGGCAUGACCGUCAAAGAGCUCCUCCAGCGGACGGCCUUCCGGCAGGACGAGAGAGACAUGGUGGUGAAGGCUGUCCGCGUCGUCAGACCCGACUUUCAGCCCAACAGCCCCUCGGACCGGGAGGUCUGCUCCUCGCCGCUCGUCCAGGAGUUUUACAGAGAGAGGGAGGACGUCCGGUACCCUAAGCUGCCCUUCAGCACAGAGGACCUGAAGCAGCGCUUCCAGGAGCAGCUGGACAUGGAGAUGAACAGCAACAUCACCAUCAGCUCCGUGGAGGCCCUUAAGCCUGUCACGCCACACAUGGCCAAGAUGAGGACACUGUUGGCAUCACAGCGGGAGACCUGGCAGAAGGUUCUCCUUCAGGCGCUCAAGGAUCGCAAGGAGGUGAUGUACGAUCACCACCGGACUAAAACUGCCAUCGGCCUCUAUCCCUACCUCUGCAUCCUGGAGGACGAGGAGUACGUGGAUGCCAUGCUUCAGAAUCUGGCCCACCUGCCGUGCAGUGGUCAGACCCUGGCGGUUAUCGCCACGGAGCUGGGAGGCCUGGUCUACAACAAGUUCUGCAUCCGUCAGAAGGCACACGAUCAAAUGGUGGACAAGCUGGCUCGGGUCUAUAGUUCGUACGUUAGCCUUCUAGCCCAAGACACGCCGACCAGCAACGUGUUGCCCCGGGAGCGGUGGGAGGAGCUGGAGGCGGAGCUAAGUGCAGGCCCCUCCCUGCUGUGCGGCACCACGCCGUGGCCCAGCACGCUGCUCGUCCAGCUGGGCACGUUCCUGGUGGAGCUGAUGGUGCAGCACCUGACGGUGCCCUGCGACCUCAUGUCCCCCAACCCCGGCAAGAAGCUCGUCCACGCGCUCUACCACAUGUACACCUUCCGCAGCUCCCAUUCGAUCGGUUUUGUGAAGCCUCACCCGUUCCUGGUGCAGCUGCAGUCGGAGGCCCUGGAGACGGACCUGACGUUCGAGACGUCCGUCAUCCCCAUGCUGUGCCCGCCGCUGCCGUGGACGUCGCCGCGCUUCGGCGCCUACCUGCUGACGCCCGCCAAGCUGAUGCGGGCGGUGGACGGCGCCAUGCAGCACCAGCUGUGCAUGGAGCGCAAGCCCAACCACGAGCUGCACGCCGUGCUCGACGCCCUCAACCAGCUGGGCGCCUGCGCCUGGCGCAUCAACGGGCCGCUGCUGGACAUCAUCAUCGGCGUCUUCAACGGCCGCGGCGACGACCGGCUGAGCGUGCCGCCGCCCGUGUCCGAGGCGCCCCCGGUGCCGCGCUUCUCGCCCCGGGACCCCAAGUUGAGCCAGGAGGAGAAGGCCAAGCUCAAGCGCGAGGUCAUCCGCGCCAGGAGGAAGUUCAUCGAGAUGCACGGCCUGCGCAUGGACGCCCUCUACAAGCUGUCCAUCGCCAACCACAUGCGCCACAAGAUCUUCUGGUUCCCGCACAACAUGGACUUCCGCGGGCGCACCUACCCGUGCCCGCCCCACUUCAACCACCUGGGCAGCGACGUGACGCGCGCCCUCCUGGUGUUCGCCGAGGGCAAGCGGCUGGGGCCUCACGGCCUGGACUGGCUCAAGAUUCACCUGGUCAACCUGACGGGCCUGAAGAAGCGCAGCUCCAUGGCCGGCCGCCUGGCCUACGCCAACUCCAUCAUGGAGGACAUACUGGACUCCGCCGACCACCCGCUCACGGGGAGGAGGUGGUGGAUGGAAGCAGAUGAGCCCUGGCAGGCUCUGGGCUGCUGUAUGGAGAUUGCCAGCGCUGCCCGCUCACCUGACCACACCGAGUUCAUCUCCCACUUCCCUGUUCAUCAGGACGGCUCCUGUAACGGGCUGCAGCACUAUGCAGCCCUGGGCCGCGACGUGAUCGGUGCCACGUCCGUCAACCUCGCGCCCUGUGACGAGCCCCAGGACGUCUACAGCGGAGUGGCCCAGCAGGUGGAGGAGUUCCGCGUUAAGGAUGCGGAGAACGGCUUGCCGAUCGCCCAGGUGCUGGAAGGCUUCAUCGGCCGCAAGGUGGUCAAGCAGACGGUGAUGACCGUGGUGUACGGGGUCACACGCUUCGGGGGGCGCCUGCAGAUUCAGAAGAGGCUGAUGGAGAUUGAUGAUUUCCCCAAGGAGCAUGUAUGGAGUGCCUCACACUACCUGGUGCAUCAGGUAUUCAACAGUUUGAAGGAAAUGUUCACGGGCACCCGGGAGAUUCAGGACUGGCUGACUGACAGCGCCCGGAUGAUCUCCCAGUCCGGCAGCACCGUGGAGUGGGUGACCCCUCUGGGCUUGCCCAUCAUACAGCCGUACCACACCAUCAAGAAGCGUUCGGUGAAUACCGGCCUCCAAGGACUGACCCUGCUGUCUUCCUACGAUACGACCCGGAAGCCCAACACCAUGAAGCAGAAGAACGCCUUCCCUCCCAACUUCAUCCACUCGCUGGACUCCUCGCACAUGAUGCUGACGGCCCUCUACUGUUACAGCGCUGGCCUCACUUUCGUCUCCGUCCACGACUGCUUCUGGACACACGCCAUUACUGUCGACACCAUGAACAAGAUUUGCCGGGAGCAGUUUGUGGCUUUGCACAGCCAGCCGAUCCUGGAGGACCUGUCCAAGUUCAUGCUGACGAACUACUGCUCUGAGUUUCCGGCCCACCUACCGAAAACCAGGAAGAGGCUUGAAGAUUACAUGACGAUGGUGGAGCUCCUGGGCAGAGUGCCUGAGAAAGGUGAUUUUGAUCUGGAGUGUGUGAAGGACUCCAUAUACUUCUUUAGCUGAGUUGGUGAGUGGAGCUGGAUGAGCGUGAGAACCAUGGCUGGAAUGGACAGGUCAGCGGGCUCGCCUCCCCCUGGCCACUGCACAUUGAUCAGGGAGCAGACAGAGCCAAACGCAGGCCUCACGGGGGAGGCAGACUCACCAAACCCAGGACCUCACAGAGGCAAAAUGGCCACUGACUAUUACCUUGGACUUCUGUAUGAAAGUCAUAGGAUCUUUUCCUCAGAGACGUUGACAUGUGUUUUUUUUUAUAAAGGUGUGUGUGUGUGUGUGUUUGUGUGUGUGUGUGAGGGUGCCUGUGCGUGACUGAUUACGCAUGCUUUAGGGGAUACGUACACGUACACGCACACGCUCACAUGGACAAACAGCUGCUGUUCUGGGGGUUUUUGUUGUUGUUGUUACCGUUGUUUUUUUUAAUUCUAUCUGUCGAUCUCCGUUAACCUUCCCAUCAUCACCCAAGCGUGAGCAGAGAUGGUGAAGUUUGUGUGUGUGUGUGUUUUGUAGGCAGGGGUUUGGUGCAAGCCUCAGGUGAGCUGAGGCGGUUUGGAGCCGGUGUGUGUGUGUGUGUGUGGGGCACCGCGGGCCACGUGUGUGUGUGCGCUCCCCGCAGGACUCUGAUCGGCUCGCCCCAGCACCCCAGCAGCGGCGGGGCGAUUAGCCGCGUGAAGCCCACUCCCAUCGAUCCCCCCGCCGGCCGGGAGACCGGUGCCCGUCCUGACAUUUGCAGAGCGGAGCGGAGCGGAGGCUUCCAGCGCACAGACCGACGCUCCCGGCCGGCCUGUCAGUUACUCUGUUCAUUAGCUACUCGGUCAGACGCACUGAAACUUCUGUGGACCUGUGAAUAGGAACUGUACAAAGUUUGUGAAAAGUCUGUGAAAACUCAAAAACUGUACGCACUUCAGUGGAAAUACGGAUGCAUAUUUUAUACAUUUCAUUUUUUUUUUUAUGUUGAAAUAUACCAUGGAGUUAUAUUUUGAAGUAGGAAAAUGUGUAUGUUAAUUUAUUGUAAUGUAAUGUACAAAUUAUACAUGGUGUUAAAAGAAUAAACAAUA